GUAAAGCUAAAAAUGGAAGACGCACUUUUAGAGUUAUCAAUUACAGCUGAAAUAUCCGAAAAAGAUAUAGAAGAUAUACAACAAAAAAUUAAACACAAAACAGUCGAAGCUCGCUUUAUUUUAACUGAGGCGCAGAAAGAAGAUCUUCACGAAGCUUUCGAUUUACUAGAUUUUAACGGUGAAGGUAAAAUAAAAGCAGAAGAUUUUCGAGUAGCAAUAAAAGCUUUAGGCUAUGAACCAACAAAAGAGGAACUUCAGAAUAUGAUCAGUGGUGUUGACAAAGGACAAACCGGGAAGUUAAGUUUUGAAAAUUUCGAAACCGCCAUCAUGCGGAAGGUCAUGUCGGUCGACAGCGACGGCGACGUGAUGAAAAGUUUUCGUCUCUUCGAUGUUGAUGAUACUGGGUUUAUAAGUUUUGAGAACUUAAAAUACGUAACACAAAUAUUGGGAGAAAAUUUGACUGAUGAAGAAAUAGAAGAAAUGAUAGAUGACGCCGAUAAGGAUUUUGACGGAUACAUCUCAGUUCAAGAAUUUAUGAAAAUGAUAAGAAACUCCGUUAAUAUUGUAACUCCUUGAAUAAUAUACGAUGAUUUUUUAACAGA